AUGGCAAUCUAAAACCCUGAAACCGUGCAACGGCCCUUGAACCCUUACCCCUCCCCCAUUCGACCGCCCCUCUCGCCGCCUCCUCAUUGCGUUGCCUCCAACAAUGGAGGUGGUGAUCGCGUCGUCUCCCGUGGACUCCGGCAUCGGGUGCUGGGACCUCCGCUCCGGCGCCGAGCAGCUCCGCUAUCGCUCCUGCGCCUCCCCUCCCCACGGCCUCCUUGCCGUCGCCCGCUGCUUCCUGGCCUCCUCCCAGGUCCGCGACUCCCGGGCCGCCGCCUCCGCUCCCAUCUUCUUCUGGUCCUGGGACAAGCCCCAGGUGGAGGUUCGGAGCUUUCCGGCGGAACCGAUUGGUCCCCUCGUUUCCAAUUCCGAUGGAACGUAUAUCAUUGGUGGAGGCUUAUCCGGGACCAUCUACCUGUGGGAGAUAGCAAGCGGGAAACUGCUCAACAAGUGGCAUGCACACUACAGGUCUGUCACUUGUCUCACUCUCUCUGAUGAUGAGUCAUUGCUGAUCUCUGGGUCUGAGGAUGGAUGCGUCAGAGUUUGGUCCCUUCUGAUGAUGUUUGAUGAUAUGGGCAAGAUGUCUGCAAGAAAUCUCUACAGAUAUAGCUUCUCUGAACAUGCCCUGCGCGUGACUGAUCUUGUUUCGGGCUAUGGGCUAUGCAACUCUAUUGUCAUCUCGUCCUCUGAGGAUCGCACAUGCAAGAUAUGGAGCUUAUCUGAAGGUAAGCUACUGCGGAGCAUUAUGUUUCCUUCAAUAGUUGACGCUAUCGCAAUGGAUCGGGGGGAGCAUGCAUUUUACACUGGUGGUAGAGAUGGCAAAAUAUAUAUUGCUGCACUUAAUGCUGAAAGCAAUCCUAAUGGCAUUUAUGGAAUGUUCAUUAUUGGUUCCUUAUAUGACCACAGUAAGGCUAUAACAUGCUUAGCACUUAGCACGGAUGGAGGUAUGCUGGUGUCUGGAUCAGAGGAUGGUACAAUUCGAGUUUGGGAUACUAAAAGUCAACAUGUGACUCGAAUCCUAAAACAUGCAAAAGGUCCUGUCAAUAAUGUUCUUAUAAUUAGACAACCUCUUCGUGCAUGUCCUCCAGCAUUAGCAAAUGCACAAGCCUCCCUAUCCAGGAAGCGUCUUAGUUUGUCACUUCCUCCACCUUUGAGUAAAUAUAUUGACUCAACAGAUGGAGAAAUUGAAACAAAGGCUGUAAAUUUGCUUCUGCCUCCUUGGCAAGAUCCAGAAAAGAGUAAAUACUGCAGUUCAAAUGUGAUAAAGAAACAAAUCAAAGAGCUUCAGCAACAGAGUUCUUCAGGUGCUGCAGAAAUGGAGUCGGAAAGACUAAGGCUAGAAUGUAAAAGAUCAAUACAGAUGGCUCAGCAAUGGAAGAAGCUGUACCAAGAGUUGCAAAAUCUGUGUGUAAAUGAGCUGUUGAAUGGAGUCCAGAUGGAUGACAGAUGAGGAAACAACUUAAAAGAACUUCAAUAUAGAGAGCUUUCGUGAUGGAUGUGAAAGCCACCUAUCUAAAUUCUGCGGUAUUCUAACAGUUGCUUUGAUAAUUCAAUUUUGCUUCUUGUAGUGUUUGUAAUAGAUAGUUUUUUGGCCAAGUAUCAUAACCUCCUGUUAUAGGAAAAUAUUCUUGAUUAGCUGUUAAAUUUUUGCCUCAAAAUGAUGUUCAAAAUUCUUGUAAUUGUUGCUCGGGAGCAUGCAUUUUGUCUUGACAUGUUU